AUGACAUCAUCGAUUUACACAGGUCGAGAUGACGAAGGGUCGCUUUCUGACUGCAGCGAUACCGAACCGUCACUGACUCUGAAGCGAAAGCAACGCCGCUCCCGAACAACCUUCACGGCAACCCAACUCGACGAACUGGAGAAGGCUUUCGAGAGGACUCAAUACCCGGAUAUUUACACGCGAGAAGAACUCGCUCAACGGACAAAGCUGACGGAGGCUCGGGUACAGGUGUGGUUCAGCAACAGGCGCGCGAGAUGGAGAAAACAAAUGGGAAGUCAACAACUGACCGGAUUCAGCGCUUUGGGUUUACCGAUGGCCUAUCCAACUAGCGCCUCGUACAUUUUAACAGAUCCGGGAUAUUCUAAUCCACCACAAGACCCAAGUGUACUGCAUCAUCCCGUCCAGCCUACGUCCUCAGUACCUCUCCACCACCACCACCAAGGCGUGGCCAUGGCCGACAACCGCGCAGGCUUGAGCUACACCAAUCACGUAACAGAUUCAUGCUAUGUCUCAACUGGCUCCACCCUUCCGUCCCAGGUGCUGAAUAUGUUGAAUUCCAGCGUCCCGUCUAGCACUCCGUCCCACCCGUCGGUCAACGCUGGAGAGUACGCAGUUCAUCAUCAUCCUGGGUCGGUCGGAUCUGCUUCCAUGGCGACCGGAGUCUCUUCCGAUGAGACCGCUGCCAGCUGGAACAGCAGCGCCGCUCUUCACAGCCGGGUACCCGCAGCCAUGAACGGCUGGGGACCUCACACCCACACGGCCACCGGCGCCGAUGCCCUCGGUCACGGGAACGCGGAACCAGCAUUCGGUGGUGGGAUGCUCUCCCACAGUGGGGAACACUUCAUGUCCCCAACCUUCAACGGAAUGCCACACUACCACGCCGGCAUGGAUCUCAAGCACUCCUUCUACUACACCGGUCAGUUUACCACGGGAAUCCGAGGCCUCACGAUAUGA